ACGAUGGUGGACCGCAUCUAUAAGCCACUUUUAAAGGACAACGAAGUAGAAAAGAGACAUGUAUAAAUCGGACUCCGCUUUAUUUGCGUUGUCGCCGGGUUGCCAAAUAAUGUCAUAAUAAACAACAACAUCCCAUAGAGGAGCCAGGAUAAAAAAAGCUCUGGAUUGAAAAAAAAAAACAGUUUGGGAUAAUUUCUAGAAACAUGGUAGUGUCUCUAACACAAGCCUGCCGGAGUCUGGCUCUUUCUACAUGGCUGCUGUCCUUCUGCUUUGUGCAUUUACUGUGUUUAGACUUCACAGUGGCUGAGAAGGAGGAAUGGUACACUGCUUUCGUCAACAUCACCUACCUGGACCCGGUGACAUCAGAAAUAAAGACUGACAGGAGUGAAUGUGGCAGAUAUGGGGAGCACUCCCCUAAAAGAGACGCCAGGGGCUUUUUGUUUAUGCCCCAGGACAGGCAGGCGUGUGAUGGGAACACCAGAUUUCCCCUGCCACAUCCCAGCAUCCCAUGGAUUGCACUGAUAGCUAAAGGAAACUGCACUUAUAGAGAGAAGAUCAGACACGCUGCAGCUCUCAAUGCUUCUGCUGUGGUCAUCUUCAAUGUGGGCUCCAGCAACUCUAAUGACACCAUCACUAUGCCACACCACGGUACCGGCGAUGUGGUGGCCAUCAUGAUUCCUGAGCCCAAAGGUCGAGAGAUCAUGGCUCUGCUGGAGAAGAACAUAACAGUGGCCAUGCACAUCUCCAUCGGCACACGAAACCUGCAGAAAUACGUGAGCCGCACAUCAGUGGUGUUCGUGUCCAUCUCCUUCAUCGUCCUCAUGAUCAUCUCGCUGGCCUGGCUGGUCUUUUACUACAUCCAGCGCUUCCGAUACGCCAACGCUCGAGACCGCAGUCAGAGGCGAUUGGGCGAUGCUGCAAAAAAGGCCAUAAGCAAGUUACAAGUGCGGACCAUCAGGAAGGGAGACAAGGAAACAGAUUCAGACUUUGACAACUGUGCGGUGUGUAUUGAAGACUACAAACCUAAUGAUGUGGUGCGGAUUCUACCCUGCCGUCAUGUCUUCCAUAAGAACUGUGUGGACCCUUGGCUUCAGGACCACAGAACGUGUCCCAUGUGCAAAAUGAACAUCCUGAAGGCACUGGGUAUCCCGCCUAACACAGACUGCUCCGACGACGCUCCUCCAGACUACGAGACGUCCAGCGGGCAACAAAGCAUCGCAGUGACCGGUGCCAGUGAGGUGUCUGUGGGCGAGAGCUCGCUGGUUUUAGACCCGCCGCUCCGAAUAAUCGGCCUAUCACACAAUUACCAGGAGAUGAACUCAGUGCCGGCGGAUGCAGAGAGUCCACACAUCGCCAGCAGUGAGCAGCAUCAGUCCUCCAUGAGCAAUGAUCCAGACAUCAUGCCGAUGGAGAUCGUCCUGUCUGACACAGAGCUUCAGUCUGAUCCUGAACAGGAGGAUGUGAAGUCCUGAAGACUCUCAGUGCCAUAAACACAGCAGCGGGACAAUAACAGACCAAGAGCAAUAGCAGCACAGGUGUGCAACUUCUUUGUUUUUUUUUGUCCAUCCCAAAAAAAACGUCUCUUAUAAUUUUCUUCUGACGGAACUUCAUAUCGUCUCCAGCAUUACCAGACUGCGAGGAAUGCUAAUGCUUUAAUUUCGGUAAAAUAUUGACAGUCAACUUCCCUGUGGGAUCACUGCCACUACACAUCAGGAUAUUCCAAAAUGAAUAUGCAUCGAUGAGUGCGGCUUAUAAUGGCUUUUGAGUGUCUGAGGUGUGUUUUGUGUGUUUGUACAGUCUAAUUUCAUCUCUUAGUGAAGAUUACACUAAUUAAAAAAUACUAUAGUAGUUUACAAUAAUAAAUACUUGUGGUUUUGAACCAUAUACUCUAAUGCAGUGUUUCCCAACCCUGUUCCUGGAGGCACACCAACAGUACAUAUUUUGGAUGUCUCCCUUUUCUGACCCAUUAACUUCAGGUGUUGGAGUCUCUUCUGAUGUUAUGAUAAGUUGAUUCAGGUGUGUUUGAUUAGGGAGAGGUAGAAAAUGUGUACUGUUGGUGUGCCUUCAGGAACAGGGUUGGGAAACACUGCUCUAAUGCAUAGCUCACAAACUCAAUUGCAUCAGGGCCACAGCUCUGCACAGUAUUUCUCCAACCCUAAUCAGACACAGCUGAUCCAACUAAUCAAGCUGUUCAAGACUACUAGAGGCUAUUAAGCAGGUGUGAGUUGGAGGUGGGUGGAGCUAAACUAUGCAGAGCUGCGGCCCUCCAGGAAUUAAGUUUGAGACCGAUGCUUUGGUGUAUUACACUGCAUAUAUUUUAUCAUACUGUAGUUUUAACUAUAGUGUGAACUGAUAAACUAAUAAAUACUGUAGUAUUCUUAAGAUUUUACUACAGUAAACUGUGGUGUAUUGUUGUAUAAUAUACCGUUUAGUUAUAGAAAACUACAGUAUUCACUUGUUAAGUGUGACGUCACGCGAAGCGGCGUCCAGGUCCAAUCGCUCUAUCAAUCUGUAUGGGUAGACUCAUCAAAUAGUAAUAAUAAAAGUUUACAAGGCACUAAAAUACUUUCGAAAAUCCUGAUU